AUAUGUUGCAGACUAUGCUUUCAUUCAGAAAUAUUCAACGUUGUUUGCCGCGGUAGAGUGUUUCAGUGGAAAAAACCCAAUAAAUUCAAGUUGGCUGAUGAAUAUUCUAGAUGCAAGACCAAAGUUCAUUCACCCAUUCUACCGUUCAAUAAAUAAUCUAUUCAUUCCACGAAAUCUUCAUCAACAAAUUGCAAAUCAUCCUUCAUGGUUCUUGGAAACUGUAACCACAUCCAUUGAAGACAACAUGAAAUUGGUACGAUGCUCUCCAUCCUAUUUUACUAAAUGUCCAAUCUCUACAAUUCAUAUAUAAUAUUCAUGUGUAGGUGAUGUCACAUGGUUUCAAACAAUACACAUUUACGCCACCAGAGACAAUUGCAAUAAUUAACAGCAGUGAUCGACUCUGGUACGUAAAAAUAGAAGAUGGCAAAUUAACAGAAGGUUGGGAUAAAAUUGUCCAUGCGCAUAAUAUUCAAGACAAUUUUACUCUACUCUUUGGCUAUGUUGGACACUUGCAAUUCGAUCUUUACGUGCUCAAUACUGAAGGAUGUGAGGUCAAGUAUCAAUGGUCUUCAGCUUUACCAAUUCAUCAACUCAAUGCUCCCAUUGCAUGGGAUGCCGAAAUGGCCAUGCAUAACUCCAAUGACUCUGUGACACUAACUGCUUAUUCACCGCGCUUGUUUCGAGUCUCAAACCACUCUGUGAGAUGUGCUAUACUGCUAACAUACACAGAUUUGCAAAGAUUGAGCCUACCUCAAUACUUCAGAGCAUUAUGCGAUCAACCAACAUAACUGAAGAGAAUUUAUACUAAUUUCAAAAUCAAGGAGAUGGACCGUUGAAUAUGCUAACGGAUUCUUCACAGGAGUCGAGUGGAAAUCAUUUGUUC